AAACACCAAGGGGGCACAGAUUACACACUGACUUCUUGUUUGUGGGUCUUUGCUCAAAGUGCUUUGGGGGUGCUUCACUGACACCCCUAGCUGUCAUGUGCCUCUGACCGGGUUCAAAACAACUGCAAGAUCGCAACAAGGUCACAGAAGAGAGAAGCUCAACAGCAGGACACAACUGUGAAGUUGAAUUUAAAGUGGAAAAUGUCAGGAUCAGCUGGUGAGAAGAACUGGACGGAAGCCAAGGUUAUGAUUUACCCCAGCAGGCCGACCACAACAAUCAGACUCAGAGACGUAUACGAUCCAAAGCCCCAACCUCCAAAAGCACCUGUUCGGAUCCGUCCACCCUCUCCAAGACCCACCUCUAUGAAGGAACAAGGUCUGAAGCAAACUUCUUCUGACAACCCCAUGAAGACCAUUCAGAGGAAAAGGGCCAAAUCUCUUUCUCUGGCUUCAGAAAAGAAAAGUGAGCCGAGGAGGGCUCAGGUACGCUUUGUUGAUGCAUUGGGGCUUGAUUUAGAGGAGGUGAAGGUCUUCAGAGGUCAGGAGGACCCCCUAAUACCUCCUCUUGUGAUGUUCAGGCUGCUGAUGAGCUCCGAACUGACUUUUGGAAAGUCACCUGAGCUGAACCUGCCAUAUUUAAGACCCUGUUUCCCUGAACACAUGGGGAGCCAGCCAGACUUCCAAAACCGUCUUCGCUCUCAGAAGGUCUCUCUGGAGCAGGUGGUAUGCUCAGAACAAGGCAUAACAGGCACCAUACAUGUAAUCAAUUUAGCUUAUGAAAAAAAGGUCAGAGUGCACUAUACUUUCACCAACUGGAGAACACAAACACACACUAUUGCCUCCUGGGUAUCAGGUGGGGACCCUGGUGACUCUGGGACCCCAGGCACUGAUAUCUUCAGGUUUCGCCUUCCUGUCCCACCUUUCAUCUUGCAGCCUGGGGCUAUCCUUGAGUUUGCCAUCUGCUACCAUGUAAACGGAUGUGAUUUCUGGGAUAACAACAAUGACAACAAUUACAAACUAGCAUGCCACAGCUACAAGGUCACUGUGCCAAGGGAGUGUGAGGACACUCUGCUGCACUUCACCUAAGUGGCCACAUGAGGGAGCUUUAACUUCUGCUAAAGACUUGGAACAUGGAAAACCACAAUGUGAACUAAUCUCUAAGAAUUAAGUGUUGGAAUGAUUAGAUCAUUUAUCAAUUUGGACUUUUUUGUUCUUUACAGACCAGCAAAGCAAAUGUAUUUUCAGCAUGUAUCAUACCUAUGACUGCAUGUAUUUUGCAUUCAGUUGAAACUAAA